AUGUCCACCCCAACAACAGCAACAACACCAAAACCCCGCAAAACCCACAUCGCCGAAACGCUCCUCUCCCGCGCGCACUCCCCAGACACAGCCUCCGACCUCUUCACCGACCGCAUAAAACAAAAGCCCCUCUACCUACGCCCUACAUCGCCCACCCCGGCCGAUAACCGCAACCGUCGUCGCCACCACCGACUCCGCAAGAAAGAAUACUUCCUGCGCAAACAGAAGCCCCGGGCGCUGUCGGCACGCGAGAAGCGCGCGUCAGGUAUCUUCGACCUUCCUGCGGAAGAGUGCAAAUAUGCGGUGUUUAAGGGUCUGCAUGAGCUUUGGGUCGGGUAUAUGCAGGAGAUAUUGGAUUUAAAGGAGGAAGGGGGUGGUGGUGCGAGGAGGGAUGCCGGGGCGGUUACGCCGCUGUCGCAUGGGAGUAAGUUGGCGAGUGCGGAUUUUCAUGGCGCAGAGGUGCAGGUGGUUCGGAGUCGGAGUCAGGGGAGGGUGGGUAUGAAGGGGAUUGUGGUGAGGGAUACGAAGUUUACGUUUGUGAUUGUUAUGGAGGGGGAUGUGGUUAAGACCAUCCCGAAAGAACAGACGAUAUUUCGGUUUACGGUGCCGUUGCCAGGGUCGCAGUCGCAGUCUGGCGCCCCCGAGCCCGACACCCAGAAGAAUGAACCCAGCGCCGAAAAGAAGGAGCUCACGUUUGAAUUGCACGGAAGCCAAUUCCUGAACCGACCUGUCGAUCGCGCAAAUAAGAAGUUCAAAUGGCGCAAUGUGGAGUAUCUUUGA